UACCGAUUUAUCUCACCAGUUCAACUCUUCCAAACCAUUACCAACUCAUGACUACUUGGAUAGACGUACGAGACACCAAAAUAGCUUCACAGCAACAGCUCCUCAAGCCGUUUUUGGCACCAGAAAAGUUGGUACCAGCUCCUGAAGAGUUGAACGAUGUGAGCGAUUUCAUUGACACUUCUUCUGUCAUAUCUAAUGAUAUCAAAUAUAUCACCAACUUGGAUAUACCCGCCCUACUUGCUGAGUAUUCUACAGGAGCAUUGACCGCUAGACAAGUCACCGAGGCGUACUGCUAUAGAGCCACGUUGGCACAUCAGUUGACCAACUGUCUUACGGAAAUUCGCUUCCAAGAAGCGUUGCACGAAGCUGAAAAGUUAGAUGAAUAUUACCAGAAACACAAUUGCUUGAAUGGACCGCUUCACGGAGUGAUUGUGUCGUUUAAGGACAACAUCAACAUCGAAGGGGUGGCCUCCUCCAUGGGAUUUGUGGGAGAAGCCGAAGAGAUAAAAACUGAGAGCUCGACAUUCGCUAAGCUUUUGACAGGGUUAGGUGCUAUUAUCAUUUGUAAGACCAAUACUUCAGCUGGCAUGAUAUACUCAGAAACUACAAACGUGUUAUGGGGGAGGACCUUGAAUCCUUUCAAUAGAAGGUAUUUAAAUGUCGGUGGCUCUUCUGGAGGUGAAGGGGCCCUUGCUCUUUUAAAGGGAAGUUGUUUUGGUAUUGGAAGUGAUAUUGGCGGAUCUGUAAGGCACCCAGCUGCUUUAAACAGAGUGUACUCUUUGAAACCAAGUUCAGGACGGUUCCCCAAGUUUGGCACUGUCUCUGGCCAGGAAGGCCAGGAGUCUAUUGUGUCGGUAUAUGGGAUUUUGACAAGAAGUUUCACAAAUCUUGACUACGUAACCAAGUCCAUCAUAGAGAACAAGCCAUACUUACAGGAUGCCAGCUGUUUGCCCAUGAAAUAUACUCCAGCCAAGUUACCUGCCAAAUUGACUGUUGGGUUCAUGAAGUCCGAUGGGCUCACGACCGUAACAUCUCCUUUGAUAAGAGGAUUAGAGAUAGUCAAGGAAGCGUUGAGGAAGGAAGGACAUACAGUCCUAGAAUGGGACGAUACCUAUUUCAAGGAGAUCAGAGACACCAUUUAUCCGUUCUAUGGUGCUGAUGGGAUGAAACAUGUCAAGUCAAUUCUCGCCAAGUAUAACGAACCUCCAGACUCCCACAUUGUUGCCUCGUUGCCAGUAGCAGAAGAUAUGCAAGUUUCAGACCUUUGGCAGAGUCAGAAGAAGAGGGCUGCUUAUGCUCAAAAAUAUUUAGACUUGUGGAAUAACGGUGGAGGUCCUGGGGUCAGGUUGGACGCAGUGAUUUGUGCCUGCUCUCCGUAUCCUGCUUGUUUAUGGAACAAAGUGACUCCUCAACCGUUGAACUCAAUAUGGAAUGCUUUGGAUUAUAGUGCCGGGACUUUUCCCGUUACCAGAUGUGACGUUUCUAUCGACAAACCACUUGAGAAAACUAGUUUUAUUUCUGACACAGAUAAGCUAGUUCACCAGACCUAUUCGAGUAAUCUUGACAAGUUUGAGGGAGGCCCGGUGUCAUUACAGGUAGUCUGUGGGAAGUUGGAGGAAGAAAAGUGCGCUGCCUUGAUUGGGUAUGUGAGUGAGUUGUUGGAUAAAAGAGUCUAGAGUAUUUAGAAGAAUAGUUUACAACACCUUUUAAAGCUUAACAUUAUAUCACAAAUUAUAUUA